AAGUGUUGCUGUUUAAUGGAGCUUCUUCCUCGAUAUCUUUAUCCUCGUCUUCUUCACCUUCCUCUUCGUCUCAUGGCUUCUCGCUCUCCUUUCUUUCUACAUUCUCCUUCUUUUCAUUCCCUCGCCUCCUUUCCUCGUUAUUCCAUCUUCUUCCAUCCCAGGACAAACUUUGCAUUGAAUAGCAUUUGCAGGUUUCCAGUUCAACAUGUACUUACUCCAAGGGCAUUUAUGGUUAGUUUCACAACCGAAGCUAUUAGUGGAAGCAAAAGCUCAGCAGCUUAUAACUCCGAGCAAAUUCAGGUUUUGGAAGGAUUGGACCCUGUUAGAAAAAGACCCGGAAUGUAUAUAGGAAGUACAGGUCCUCGUGGUUUGCACCACUUGGUAUACGAGAUAUUGGAUAAUGCUGUUGAUGAGGCUCAAGCAGGUUUUGCAUCACGAAUAGAUGUUAUUUUACAUUCAGAUGGUUCUGUGAGCAUAAGUGAUAAUGGCCGAGGAAUUCCAACUGAUUUGCAUCCUGUCACAAAGAAAUCUGCCCUGGAAACAGUGUUGACGGUCUUACACGCAGGUGGCAAGUUUGGUGGUCUAAGUAGUGGUUAUAGUGUCUCUGGUGGCUUGCAUGGUGUGGGUUUAUCUGUUGUUAAUGCCUUAUCUGAGGCAUUAGAAGUCACUGUUUGGAGAGAUGGAAUGGAAUACCAGCAAAAAUAUUCACGUGGGAAGCCUGUAACGACACUAACUUGUCAUGUUCUUUCAACUGAAUCAAGGGAUCGUCAAGGGACGUGCAUUCAGUUUUGGCCUGACAAUAAAAUAUUUACUACGGCAAUUGAGUUUGACUACAAUACUCUUGCUGGACGAAUUAGAGAACUUGCUUUCUUGAACCCUAAGCUUACUAUCACGCUUAGAAAAGAGGAUAAUGAUCCGGAAAAGAGCCUUUAUAAUGAAUAUUUCUUUGCUGGUGGGCUGUUCGAAUAUGUGAAAUGGCUAAAUGCCGAUAAGAAACCACUUCAUGAUGUGCUAUGUUUCAGCAGACAAAAAGAUGGAACCACAAUUGAUGUUGCUCUUCAGUGGUGUUCGGAUGCAUAUUCAGAUACAAUGUUGGGUUAUGCCAAUAGCAUACGAACCAUUGAUGGUGGCACACAUAUAGAAGGCGUUAAAGCUUCAUUGACUAGAACUCUCAAUAACCUUGGAAAAAAGUCUAAGCUUGUCAAGGAUAAGGAUAUUAGCUUAAGUGGUGAACAUGUAAGGGAGGGGCUGACAUGCAUUAUUUCUGUGAAAGUUUCAAAUCCAGAAUUUGAAGGACAAACUAAGACAAGAUUGGGAAAUCCUGAGGUGCGGAAAAUCGUUGAUCAAUCUGUUCAAGAAUUUCUUACUGAAUAUUUGGAGUUGCAUCCAGAUGUACUUGAUUCAAUUCUUUCCAAGUCAUUAAAUGCUUUCAAGGCAGCUCUUGCAGCUAAGAGAGCAAGGGAAUUAGUCCGGCAAAAGAGUGUGUUAAAGUCGUCAUCACUUCCUGGAAAACUGGCUGAUUGUUCAUCCACAAAUCCAGAAGAAUCUGAGAUUUUCAUAGUUGAAGGAGACUCAGCUGGUGGCAGUGCUAAGCAAGGCCGUGAUAGGCGCUUUCAGGCUAUCCUUCCCCUGAGGGGUAAAGUUUUGAAUAUUGAAAGGAAGGAUGAGGCAGCAAUGUACAAAAAUGAAGAAAUUCAGAACUUGAUUCUUGGUCUUGGACUUGGGGUGAAGGGAGAGGAUUUUAAAAUAGAAAACCUACGGUAUCAUAAGAUCAUUAUCUUAACAGAUGCUGAUGUAGAUGGCGCUCAUAUCCGAACACUGCUGCUGACAUUUUUCUUCAGAUAUCAGAGAGCCUUAUUUGAUGCAGGUUGCAUUUAUGUUGGUGUUCCACCUCUUUACAAGGUUGAAAGGGGAAAACAAGUACACUAUUGUUAUGAUGAUGCAGACCUUAAAAAGGCCCUGAGUUUGUUCCCACAUAAUGCAUCUUACAACAUUCAGAGAUUCAAAGGCUUGGGCGAGAUGAUGCCUGCUCAGCUGUGGGAAACAACGAUGGACCCCGAACGAAGGCUAUUGAAGCAAUUAGUGGUUGAAGAUGCAGCUGAAUCUAAUAGAGUGUUUUCAUCCCUUAUGGGUGCUCGGGUGGAUGUAAGGAAGGAACUCAUCCAGAAUUCUGCAAGCCAGGUCAACCUUGAUAAGCUGGACAUUUAAGAAUGGAUCAGUGAUGCAUGGCAUACAACAUUUAAGCAUGGAUCAGUGCAUUUGCAUUGGUAAAGCUGUUGUUUUGAUGGCAUUUAGAGAUGGGUAAGAUUUUGGCAACCCUUUCUAAUUUACCCAUCCCAGGAAAGUUUCUCUAUUUUAAUUGGUUUUAAAGGGACAGAAUCAAUUUAGGUGAUUUGGGAAUACUGUAAUUCUUGAUUUGUUGUAUAAAUGUUGUAUUUAU